AUGAAUGAUCCGCAAUAUGCGUACCGGGGCAUAAAUGGCUCGAAUCUCGCUGCGAGCAUUUGUGAGAGCAAAGCAUCGGAUCGGACUGGACUCGUCCGCGACUCGACCGAUCAUCUGCACCCCAUCUCGGAUCGCCGAGGCUCACCAUUCAUGCGCGUCCGAGAGUCGGGAGUUGUGGACCUCGGGAAUGCUCAAUGCCAGCUCGAUCAAUCGACUCGACUGAUCCCAAAAAGUGUAGUCAGCCCACGCGACAGGAUCAAUCUUGCGGCGCUUUUCACAAUGCGCAAUGGCGAUGAAGGGGACAAGACAGUCGGCACCCGUCGUCAGUCCUGUGACGUUUCGACGACUACAAGAAGUCAAGGCUUGCGACUUGCCGCGCUUGAGCUUCUCGAUCAGGUGGUCCCCUCUCGCAAGUGCAAUAGGAGCUGCUCGGUCAGCCAGCAGUCCCUGAGCGAAAAGGUCUGGGUCGCAAGUUAUUCGUUUAAGGGAGAGAGCCUUGCCUUGGAUGGAGGUCUUGUCAGCAAAUCGGCUGCAAGAGGCCGUCCGCAGCGCGCACUAGCGCAGAAGCGCUGGAUUCACUCGCCCAUUGGACAUCCACGAUUGGGAUGGCUCCCAAUUGACUUGUGCCUUGCCGAGGCGAGACUCGAGCUCGUCACCUCAGAGAUCGAUCUGCUCCAAGGUUUUCAGAGGACUACAAGAAUCGCUGGAUUGCCGAGCUGCCCGGCAAACGGGCUCAGACUGCCAGUAGCGCAAAAUCCCGAGCCGAUAGAUCUCCCUUGGAAAAAUCGUCUGAAAGAUCCGUGAUUUGAUCGAGGUUCCUGGCAGUCAAAGUCAGCAGUGAGUAGUAGUAGUAGUAGUAGUAGUAGUAGUAGUAGUAGUAGUAGUAGUAGUAGUAGUAGUAGUAGUAGUAGUAGUAGUAGUAUUCGUUUAAAGUAAUGGUAAUGGUAGUAUUCGUUUAACGUCGCUACGUACAUGUGUACACGGACGGAGCUGCGCAAGUCGGGCAUUGACGAUUUGUCAACGUCGAAUCCUCGCUACCGCCGCCUCGGGACUUCUUCCGACGCUACGGACGUCAGCAGCAGCGCGCUACCACCAGCACAGAUACAGCAGUGAUGUAUCGCUGAUGUACGCGCGAGGCUCUGAAUCAAGAAUGUCGCAAUUAAGCCCGUCUCAUCAAUCAAUCUACAAGUCGCGAGCAUAUAUGCAUGCAAUGCUCUGGCGAACUGGAUUCUCCGAGCCCUGUCUGACUUGACU